CCACACGCUGCUGUUGCGCUCUGCUCUGCUCAGUUGUGCUCAGCCUGAGGAUCUGGCCCACAUCGGUCCUGGAGGAAAAAACGUUUCCAGCCGUCCUGACUUUGGGAUUCUCCACUUUGUGCUGUUGUGGGAAGCCGUUAUGCAGUUAUCGCCGCUUCUCCUUCGGUGCCGCUCACUGUUCCAGUAAAGUGCGAGUAUGGAUUGAUGUGAUUUGCUCCGCUCCGCCGCCUUUGCCAAGUUUAGGCGAGCAGUUCUCGGCUCGGUUGUCUUUUUCACGCCGGCCAAAGAUUCAUGUGCGGUUUGGCAACUUCGAGAAGGAGCUGGUUCUGGUUCCGGAUGGUUUCAGAAGCUGUUCGGGUGAAGUGCUGAUCGCGGCAGUGCUGGAGGGAAAGCGGGAAGGGCUGAAAGAGAGGAAUUUAAACACGGAAUCCACUCCGAGAGCUCUUCCAGCGCGAACGUGUCGCCACAAAACACUUUCUUUUCUAUUUUUGUUUGCAAAGUGAUGGCCGAGCGGGGAGCCCGGCUGCUCCUCUCUCUCCUCUGCCUCACCUUUACGGCUUCACAUGCUGAGAAAGGCCCUGCCGUGAGGCGCUUCGAUCCGUUCUGGUUCUCCGUGGAGCCCUCAGACACGUUGGCGGUGAGGGGAUCCCCAGCGCUGCUCAACUGCUCCAUUAACAGCGACAUCCCUGCCAAGGUGCGCUGGAAGAAAGAUGGCGCCUUCCUGAGUCUGACGUCAGAUGAUCGCAGGCAGGUCCUGCCCGACGGCUCGCUGCUCAUCAACUCGGUGAUGCACUCCAAACAUAACAAACCCGACGAAGGUGUCUACCAGUGCGUGGCCACCAUCGACAGCCUGGGCACGAUUAUCAGCCGCACUGCUAGACUCAAUGUAGCAGGUACGCCCCGGUUCUCUGGGCAGCCCGAGGCAGCAUCAGUGCGGCUAGGUGACAGCCAGGUGCUGAGCUGUGAGGUCAACCCUGACUUGGUGGCCUUUAUCCGCUGGGAGCGUGAUAAGGAGCCGGUGCUGCUGGACCAGCGAGUGUUCACUUUGCCCAGCGGAGCUCUGGUCAUCAGCAACGCCACAGAAUCAGAUGCAGGCCUGUACCGCUGUGUGCUGGAAAAUGUAGGACCAACCAAGACCAGCGAGGAGGCGGUGCUCCAAAUUCAGCCUGAAACAUGGGAAGAACGUGGGCUGGAGUUCCUCAGGCAGCCAGGGCCUGUGUCCAAGGUGGUGGGGGACAGCGUCCUGCUGCCCUGUGUGGUGACCGGCUACCCUGUAGCCUUUGGGCGAUGGACUCAUAAUGACGAGCCAGUUGAUGAGAGUGAUGGGCGCUUUCAGGUGCUCGGCGGGGGCAGCCUGCAGAUACUUAACCUGACCGAGGAGGAUGCUGGGAUCUACCAGUGUCUGGCGGAGAAUGUGAACGACUCUAUCGAAGCCCAGGCUGAGCUCACGGUGCAAGUUCCGCCUCAGUUCCUGAAGAGACCGGUCAACACCUUUGCUCACGAGGCUAUGGAUGUGGUCUUUGAGUGCGAGGUCACUGGCUCACCGGCCCCCACCAUUAAAUGGGUGAAGAACGGGGACGCUGUGAUCCCCAGCGACUACUUCAGAAUUAUUAAGGAGCAGAAUCUGCAGGUGCAGGGCCUGGUGAAAUCUGACGAGGGCUUUUAUCAGUGUUUGGCAGAGAAUGAAGCAGGAAACGUACAGGCCAGCGCUCAGCUCGUCAUUAUGGACCAAGCCUUCCCCUCCCCCUCUCCCACACUGACCCGUACCACUACUGACCGUGUAACCCCAGGCUCUGGAGGUGGCCCCACCCCCUCUGCACCCCGGGACGUGGUGGCCUCGCUUGUGUCCACCCGCUUCAUCAAGCUGACCUGGCGCCUGCCGCUCGAGCCACAUGGGGACGACAUCACCUACUCCGUCUACUACAGCCUGGAAGGAGCCAAAAGGGAGAGGAUGAUAAAUACCAGCCGGCCUGGAGAAAUGCAGGUCACCAUCCAGAACCUCAAGCCAGACACCAAGUACUCCUUCCGGGUGGUGGCCCACAACAAGCAUGGCCCGGGAGAGAGCUCGGUGCCCCUCAGGGUGGCCACCCAGGCAGAAGUGCAAGUGCCAGGACCUGCUCCCAACCUCCAGGCUGUGGUCCUGUCCCCCUCCUCCGUCAGCCUGAGCUGGGAUAAGCCCCUCACUGGCAAUGGUGAGAUCCAGAACUACAAGCUGUAUUACAUGGAGAAAGGACUGGGCAAUGAAAAGGACAUUGAGGUCAGUGGAUUGUCCUAUACCAUGACGGGGCUGAAAAAAUUCACAGAAUACAGCUUCAGGGUUGUGGCCUACAACAAGCAUGGACCUGGAGUCUCUACAGAAGAUGUAUCCGUGCAGACCUACUCUGAUGUUCCUGGUGGCCCACCACAGAACCUUACAGUGGAAGUGCUAAACUCAAAGAGCUUCAUGGUCCGAUGGCAGCCCCCUCCACCAGACAUUCAAAACGGAGAGAUCACCGGCUACAAGAUCCGUUACAGGAAGGGCCCGAGGAAGAGUGAAGUUUCAGAGAUGACGUCCGGAAAUCAGCUCAGUCAGCUCAUUGAGGGUUUGCAGCGUGGCACAGAAUACACGGUCCGUGUCUCAGCCAUCACGGUGAACGGCACUGGGCCUGCCACAGACUGGACUACUGCUGAGACCUUUGAAAGCGACCUUGAUGAGUCUCGAGUGCCUGAUGUGCCCGGCUCCUUGCAUGUACGGCCUCUGGUCAACAGCAUUGUGGUCAGCUGGUCUCCCCCAGAGAACCAGGACAUCGUGGUGAGAGGUUAUAUCAUCGGCUACGGCAUCGGCAGCCCCCAUGCUCAGACCAUUAAAGUGGACUACAAACAGAGAUACUACAGCAUAGAAAACCUGGAUCCCAGCUCGCACUACGUGAUCACACUGAAGGCUUUCAACAACGUGGGCGAGGGCAUCCCUGUGUACGAGAGUGCCAUCACACGACCCCAGUCAGACCCCAUAGACCCUGAUGUUGAUUUGUACGAACUUUUCCAUCCUCCAUAUACUCCAGUACCAGACCCUAUUCCCAUGAUGCCUCCAGUGGGCGUUCAGGCCUCAGUUCUUAGCCAUGACACCAUCAAGGUCACGUGGGCUGACCACUCACUGCUCAAGAACCAGAAGAUCACAGAUGCUCGUUACUACACAGUGCGCUGGAAGACCAACAUACCAGCUAACACCAAGUUCAAGAUGGCCAACACCACCACCCUCAGCCACAUGGUGACUGGUCUGAAGCCCAACACUCUGUAUGAGUUCUCAGUCAUGGUGACUAAAGGCAGGAAGAGCAGCACUUGGAGCAUGACCGCUCAUGGGACAACAUUUGAAGCAACACCCAGUUCUGCGCCAAAGGACGUGACUGUGGUCAGUAAAGAGGGACGGCCACGCACCAUCAUAGUGAACUGGCAGCCUCCCUCAGAAGCCAAUGGCAAAAUUACAGGCUACAUUAUCUACUACAGCACAGAUGUGAAUGCUGAAGUUCACGACUGGGUCAUUGAGCCGGUGGUUGGGAACCGGCUCACCCACCAGAUCCAGGACCUGACCCUUGACACGACAUACUACUUCAAGAUUCAGGCUCGCAAUUCCAAGGGCAUGGGCCCCAUGUCGGAAGCAGUCCACUUCCGCACUCCUAAAGCUGAAUCUUCUGACAAAAUGGCUAAUGACCAAGCGUCUAGUAUACCAGGAAAAUCAGGCCGCUCCCCUGUGCUGGACCCUGGCAUUGUUAAACCAGGUGGUGGUGAUAAUCAUAUCCUCGUCAUCGUCAUCAUCGUGUCCGUGGGGGCCUUCACCAUCAUUGUUGUUGUGGUGGGAGCCUUCCUGUGCACACGCCGCACCACCUCCCAGCAGAAAAAGAAACGUGCAGCAUGCAAGUCCACCAAUGGCUCGCACAAAUACAAAGGAAACGCCAAAGAUCUAAAACCACCAGAUCUUUGGAUCCACCACGAACGCUUGGAGCUGAAACCCAUCGAUAAAUCCCCCGAGCCUAAUCCGGUCAUGACAGACACCCCUAUCCCACGCACCUCCCAGGACAUCACUCCAGUGGACGGCUCCAUGGAUCCAAUGCUUCAGAGACGCAAUUCCUACCGUGGCCAUGAGUCAGAGGACAGCAUGUCUACACUGGCAGGGCGUCGAGGAAUGAGACCUAAAAUGAUGAUGCCCUUUGAUGUUCAGCCUCCUCAGCCUGUGAUUAGUGCUCACCCCAUCCAUUCCCUUGAUAACCAUCACCACCAUUAUCACCUGGGCAGCCUGGCCUCCCCGACCCGCAGCUAUCUGCACCACCCGAGCAGCUCGCGGGCCCUCAACACCCCCAUCUCUCAUCUAGACAGGGCCGAGUCCUCAGAGUCGGUGAGAAACACUCCCAGCACUGACCUGCUCCCUGCCUCAGCCCAGCAGUCCUGUGCCACUGACCACUCGGAGACGGACGUCAGCUACCACAGCUCAGCGGCAGAAGAUGAUUCUGGCUACAACCCGCCGACCGCUCACGUCCGUCCCACACACCCUCUGAAGAGCUUUGCCGUGCCGGCCAUCCCACCACACGCUGCCCCGUAUGAGGGAGCAGCUCUGCCCAGCACCCCCCUGCUCUCCCAGACAGGUCCUCACGCAGUUAAGACUGCCUCCAUCGGGACACUGGGUAGGACGAGGACGCCCAUGCCUGUCAUAGUGCCCAAUGCUCCGGAUGUGUCAGAGAGCGGCAAGAUACAUGAAGAUAUCGAGGGCAGCUAUGAUACGGACGAGCUGUCGGAGGAAAUGGCCCACCUGGAGGGUUUAAUGAAGGACCUAAAUGCCAUCACCACAGCCUGAGCACAACACUUACACACAAUUAGAACUCUUACCCCUGGCGGGGGGCCCACCGAGGCAUGGACGACUCCUCAGUCCUUCACAGACCGCAGAGAAAAGACAACAAACUAACUAACUUAAAACAUUUGGCUUGCCUUGCUAACUCUCAGGAAGGAAAUGGCCAUCGUUUCAAGGAGUGAAGAUUUCUCUGUGUGGACACCGAUUCCUUCUACCAGAAGAUUUUUUUUUGUCCGGUUACCUUCGUUCUUUUUCCUUUUUCUCGCUACGGAGACCUGCUGCUCCGAAAGACACCGUUUCGUUAUCCUAAAAAAAGGACGAUUACAGUAUGCUGGUAUUCGUGUUGGUGCUCUUAAGGCACAAUUUACAGUGUUUCAUUUGUGUCUUUCCUUUGUACGUUUUUGUAUCUAUAUAUAAAGCCUCGCCGCCCCCUCCGCGUUGUGAGGUGAACAUCGGAUGUCGUCCUUUUUAUUUCCAUAACUCAUUUUUGUAUUAAGUAUUUUGGAUUGAAUGAUGUCUUUCUUUUUUUGUAUGUCAUAUAUUGUGCCAUUUUCUUUAUUUUCUAAAUGUUUUUGUAUUAUUUUAUAUACAUAUACACGUAUAGAUAUGUAUAUAAGUUCAAAACUGCCUCAUUCUUCUUUUAUUUCUUCAGAAAUAGCCAUUUAUGUUUUGUUUUUUUUGUUUUUUUGGAUGAGAGCGCAAAAGCCUUCCAUGCUGCUCUCUUUCCUCUCUGGGAGAGUCCAUGCUCCAUUUUCUGAAACAGAUUUGACUGGAUAUUGGAUUGUAACGUUGCUUUGCCCUUGGUAUGAAAUUUUUCUCUUUUUCUGAAUGGGAGGUCCUAAUAUUGCCUUAUAUUUUCAUCUGAUUGCCUGUUUUAUCACAGAAGGGAAAGCAUGGGACUGUGAUGCAACAUACUGACUCAUUCACAGGCUGAACAAUGCUGGUCAGUCAGUUUGCUGGUACGAGGAUUUCAGCUGCGAGUCAGCGGCUUAAAGUAAGGUUAGGCUCCACUGUUACAUUGGAAAAUGCAGUAUAAACUAACAAAGGAAGCUCACCCAGUGCUGGACUCCAGAUGUGCUAAAUCAGAAUGUGUUCACUAUGAGAAAAGUACCAUUUUGCUCUGUAUGUGUUAAAAUCACAUCCACAGCAUUUUAGAAUGUACAGCGCAAGUAAUGCUAACCUAUCAAGCAGGACUCCCUGUCGUGACCCCCCCCCCCCCCCUCUUUUUCUGGUAGUUGUUUUAUAUGAAGAAAUACAUUGUUCUGUAUAGAAUUUCAGUGUGAAAGAGGAAAAAAAACACUGCUCCUGGAAAGCAUUACCCUUCUGCCCUUUUACCCAAAGAAAAAAAUAUCACUGCAAUCAUAAUUUGUUCUACUUUAUUAACAUCGUCGCAUCUUCUGCAUCUUUUUGAAUGUCAGUAUGACUGUAAGAAGUGGGGUUUUAAUACAGGAACCCGCUCGAACGAGAGGAUCACCUAUUUGGGAUAAACUAAUACAGUUGUAGACAGUCAACCUAAACCUCUAUUGCACUUUUUCAGCAACUUCGGGAAAAAAAACAUUUCUUACAUAUCCUGUGUUUUGAAUCUAAAGCUAUAUUUGUGUAAUGUAGUGUCAUAGCUUAGCGGUAGGCAGCUGGUCUUGUUUUGUUUUGUUUUUUUUUGGCCUCUGAAACGGUAUUUGAGCAACAGGUUUUACAGUGUUGCAGACGAGGAAUUCUGUUGCUUAUUUCUGUACAAAGAUUUUUGCUGUCUGUAGAAAACUCUGUGGCUUUUUAAAAAAAAUCUAAUUCUGAAAAAAAAAAGUCUUGUAUUUUCUUCAUUAAACACUUAUGUCAUCACUAUCUUAAGAAACCUGUGGAGAAUCACUCUGGAGGAGGUGAGUCAACUGCAUUGAUUCUGGAAUAUGAGGAUCAUUUAUUGAUCAGAAAACUCAGUGAAACUCAUUUUUGUGGUACAGUUUCAAAUGUAAAUAAUAAAGCUUGGUAUUUGUUUU